AUGGGCAAGAAAUCGAAAAAAAAUCGUUUCAAUCAGAGUGUGGAUGUUGACAUUGUGUAUUCGAGCAACACAAUAGCUGAAAUGGACCCAACAGACAACCUAGCAGAGCUCAAUUUGUCGUCUGAAAAGGCUGAAGAACUUCAAAAAAUCAGAGCGAAAUUGCCAACAUUCACAUCGACAUCUUCUUUUGAAAGCGAACUGGCGAAGUUACCUAUGGAAAAGCCUUUUAGGGCUUUUGUUUACAAUGUAUCGUAUUCAGCCACUGAACAAAACGUCGCUGAUUUUUUCUCCCCGCUCAAGAUUACAAACAUUAAUAUUGUCGGUGGAGAUGGUGGGUCUCGUGGUUUCUGUUUUGUUGACUUUGCAAGUCGAGAUGACUUAGCAAAAGCUCUUGAGCGUUCUGAUUCAUCUCUGGCUGGUCGACAAGUUAAUGUCCGCAUUGCUGCUCCAAAUAAUUCUGAGCGAGGUGGGUUCGUACGUGAGAAGAAUUAUUGCUCUGGAAUGCGUCGUAGUGAAAUGGCUUUUGAGCGCCAGCGAGGUGGCUACAGACCUAUUGCUCUUCGAGAUGAUGGUGAAGAUGUUGAAUCAAUUUGGAAGAGAGGUUUCGUCAGUCGUACAAGCAUCUUUGGAUCACCUGGGUUGACACCACUAAGUCAAAGUCAACUGUCUUUGGAGACUAACCUUAAACCAGCUGUAACAGGAGAGCGACCAAAACUUAAUUUACUACCUCGUUCUGCACCACGAGAUUUAAAUGAACUAUCUGGACGCAACUCAAAGAUUUUUGGUGAGGCUCGACCAGUAGAUACGGCUAGUAAAAACCGUGAAGUUGAACGGCGACUAACUGCAACUGACCAAACUAGUGUCUUUUCUAUUAAUCCUUAA